GCUCCGAGCGUACUGCGGCAGUACAGGCAGUCUUGGUACAAUGCGCGCUCCCGAGACUGUCUCUCGAAAAACACGCUGACAACAUGCCGGCGUCUUGGGAGAAGCCAGAAUCAUUGCGAGCUCAUCACUCGAAUUCGCUGCCGAAGCUGCCGAGAAGAUUGCCGAGCCAAGCACAGAAUCGUUCGAGACGUAGGCGAUGCGUAGACAUACAACGACUUUGGAGAGACAACCGACGCAGGGAGGUCGUUUGGCGUCGUUUUGACAGCUCGAGUGAAAACACCAGCUCUGCUAAGUGGCAAAGCGGCCUCAAGUCUACAGCGGCGAUUUCGUUCAUCUGUCGGAUAUCAAGUAAGACUCAACAACAAAUACGAUGUGGGAGUUGGUCUUCGCAUGUAUUGUCCUCUUCCUGGUUAGAUGGAUCAUGCAAAGACGGCAGCAUUUCAGCUACUUCAAAAGCUUGGGUAUCCCCGGUCCCCAACCGAGCAUCUUUCUCGGCAACAUGAUGGAGUUGUACAAAAAGACGCCAACUGUUGCCUACCGGGAGUGGAUCAACAGAUACGGGAAAGUUGUUGGGUACUUUAACGGCUACAGACCUAUUCUACUCGUGGCUGACCUCGAAGUUCUCAAAAUGGUACAGAUCAAGGACUUUCAAGACUUCCUCGACAGAGCGCUCCUGUUCCAGACCAAGCGACCGUCGAGUCCACACAACAAGAGUCUCAUGCAGCUGAUGGGAGCCAGAUGGAAGGAAGUGAGGAGUGUCCUCACACCAUCUUACACCUCCACCAAGCUUAAAAUGAUGUCAGGUAGCGUCAUUUCGACCGUGGAAGAGCUGGUGGGCAGGGUCGGACAGAUGGCAGAGAAGGACGAGGAUUUCGAGAUCGGCCCCAUGUACCAGGCACUCACACUGGACGUGAUCUGCCGCAGCGCCCUGGGCAUCAACUACAACCUCCAGCAAAAUCCCAAACACCCCUUCCUCCUAAGCAGCUGCAUGCUUUUCGGAAGCACUUUCUCCUUCAUCGCAGUGUUACUUGCGUCCUUCCCUGGACUUGACGGUCCACUGCGAGUCUUGAACGGCUGGAGGCUUCGCAGGAUGAACAACGGAGUUCACCCUUUUCUCGAUGUUCAAGAGAAAUGCAAGAGCAUUGUAACGCAACGACAGAAGGUCAGCGUCGAGCUUCCCCUGCAGAAAGACCUCCUGCAACUGAUGAUCGAGGCUAAGCAGUCGAGGGUCGACGUCGGCAGUGUCACAUCCGACCAACUGACUGCAGCUGACGAAAAUGAACACGAACUCAAGUCCCAUAUUCAGGGAAGCAACCGCCUUACCUAUUCAUCCAAAACAGUUCUUGACGAUGACGAUAUUACGCAGAAUGCCUUCAUGGUUCUCGUAGCCGGGUUUGAGACAACAAGCAACUCCAUGACUCUCAUCACUCACAUGCUGGUGAACUACCCUGAGGUUCAGGAGAAAGUUCGGCGGGAAGUCCUCUCAGUCCUGGAAGAGGACGAAGAAAUUACCUAUGGUACUAUUCAGAAGUUGCCGUACCUACACUGCGUUGUGUGCGAAACAAUGCGGAUCUACCCUCCUGUAUUUGGGUUCGUGACUCGGGAAGCUGCCGUGGACAAACAGUACGGCGAACUGAAGAUUCCCGCCGGCACAGCAGUUAUGAGCGCCGUCGACUACAUCCACCACGACCCAGAUAACUGGGAAGACCCUUAUACGUUCGACCCGGACAGGUUCCUUCCCGAGAACAAGCACAAGUUCAAUCCCUUGGCCUGGCAGCCCUUCGGUGCGGGACCUCGCAACUGCAUCGGCAUGCGCUUCGCACAAAUGGAGAUUCGCUUCACCUUCGCCCACAUCCUCAGAAAGUACCGCCUUGUGGCCACGGAAAAUACCGAAAAGGAUCCACCAAAAAUCGACAUGAAUCCUCUCGUGCUCCGGAUCAAGAAUGGAGUGAAUGUGAAGGCAGUGCCGCUUUAAAGCGACGUUCCGCUUGACAACAAAAUUUCAUAAUUCAUUCCAACAUUGGAAUAAUACAUGUCACCAACUCGUAUAUAUAAAGCUCACAAGCGUUUUAGAAUAAA